ACUCUCUCCUUACAAGUUGCCACCCAUUUGCAGUCCACACCAGGCUGUGUAGUUUGGCUAUGCGGCAGCGAUGAGUGUCUGCGUGCCUGCUGCUCUUGAGCCUUCAGGGUAGGAUACUACAGAUCACCAUGAGCAGACCCCACAGUAACAGGUAAAGCAGACCAAGAAAAGGGCUAGCCAUAGAGCCGAACGUGCAGAGGACGAGUCCCACAGAACCCACCCCGAGAGCUGCUCGACGCUCGAAAAGAACCUGCUCUUCCUUACGCCGCUGCCCCUCUUGAGCUUCCGCCAGCUGCUUCUUGAGGGUCGAGACAGUGGCUUCUCGAUCUGCCAGCUGCUGUUCAGUAGCCUUCAGUCGGUCAUUCUUGUCCUUGAUGGUACCCUCAGCCUUUCCUGCUGCCUCUUUCUGGCUCUUGAUGCUGUCCUGAGCGUCUGCCAGGCUCUUGGUAUUCUUUUUCAGCGCCUCGUUGCACUCCACCAGCUGCACCUGGGUGCUUGAGAUAGCCGCUUCUUGAUCUGUCAGCUGCUGUUCGGCAGCCUUGAGCCCGUCUGUCGCCUCUUUGCUUUGCUGGACGGCAUCCAUCACGCGCUUUGUUUCCUCUCCCAGUGCAUAGUCGCGCGCCGCCAGUUGCUCCUCCAAUAGCAUGACGGUGGCGUGUUUCACCUUGGCCGUCCGUCGCGAGGGCGGCAAACAGCUCCGCCUGCUCCUCACGCGGAAAUGAUGCCACGUCCUGCUGCCUCUCGUGCAGGUGGCGCGCGACGGGCAGCCGCUGGGGUGCGGGCAGUGAAUGCCACACGCGUCGGCCGUCAGCUGUGUGUUGGAU